UUUAUUUUUGACCCUCCCCGCCCCGCCUCCCGUCAUUCUACUACCAACUCCCCAUUUUUUAGCUUCGCGAGCAGAAAAUUCAUAAGUUAAGUAAGUUGGCGAUUGCAGAAUAAAUUCAACAAUGGCGGAAAAUUCCGAUACUCAAUCCACUUCUGAUUCUAAAAAAUCAAUACCAUCUGACGAUGACCUCAAAUUUCCUCAGAUACCAAAAAUUCCUUAUUUUCCAACUUUUCAACAUGGAGAUGUCAAUAUGUUACCAAUCAUGUACCCUGCACUGCUCCCCGGUCUUGGUACGACACAGAAUUCAGAGCAGCCUAACCGUGGACCUGGAAUUUAUGCUGUCCCCAUGCUUCCAUUCAUGGGAACUCUCUCAGGGAUUCCUGCCAAUACUUUCAUUCCUCUUACGUACAACACACCAACUAACAGGAGAUCAAUAUCUUCAGAGGCUACAAGUGCCAGUGGGGAACAAAGCCAAAGCCAGAUGGGCGCACAGCAGCAACAGCAACAGCAAGCUCUGCAGCAUGGACCUCAAAGACAGAUUGUUGGACGGAGAUUUCCGUUCCCAUUCCAGCUUGACUUCCCUCUCUUGUUAAAGUUGGCGGCUAUGAUUUUUAUAUUUAGUCAAGAUGGUUCGAGACACAGGCUUGCUGUGCUUGUGUUCUUUGCAUCUAUCAUCUAUUUAUACCAGACUGGAGCUUUAACUCCCCUUGUGCGUUGGAUUUCACAAGCAAUGCACAGGGCUGCAGCUCCUCCUCGUCCACCCAGGCCUGCUGCUAUGGUUGAGCCAAUUGUAAGACAAGGAGAUGAUAAUGGUGCUGCAGCAGCUGCCGGUGUCAUAUAUAAAUAUUAUAUUAGGGAAAAAAGUUGGGGGAGCGACACUCCUGCCGUAAUGAUGGGCCGCUUCUGAAAACCAAUGCUCUGGACUGGCAACCAUUUGACAAGUAAUGAAAUCAAGAAUUGAUGUACUUGACUGAUCACUGUACCAAAAACAAUUGCCCGAGCUCCUACUGUUUUACAACAAAAUACUCAAUCAUCAUUCAUCAUCCAUGGAAUCUGUAAACAAAUCAUUCAUUAGCCUUUUCUGUGUUUUUUCUUAGUAUGUAUUGAGAUAGAGAAAGGAUUUUUACAUAGGCACAUGCACUUUACAGAUCAUAGGCACUUAGCAAGGUUUCAAAGAGUUGGAAAUGGGAGGUAUUGGAUCAGAUUUGUAGGAAUAAUGAACUUAGCAAGGCACAUGCACUUUAUAUAUUUGAAAGUGGGUUCAAGAUUUGUAGGAAUAAUGAACUUAGUUUAAUUGCCACGACAUAGUAUUGUUACAGUGGAGGACUAGAGAUUUGAUCAUUUGAAUGCAUAAAUGAGUGUAAAGAUGAGUUGACUGACAAAAUUGCACGUCAGUAGAAUGAAUAUGAAGGGGCUAGAAACUCUGUUUUGUAGGUUUCAAUAACCAGUGCGGCAGUGCUGGAGUCCAGUGGUUUGGUAGUGUAUGUUAUUAGUGAUUUUUUCGUAGUUAAGAAAAUUGAGAUCUGGUAUCAAGUAUCCGGUGGAUACUUAGUGUUCUUAUUUUGUGUGGCAACACGUACCUGACAGAUUAUUGUUGAAUUGAGUUUCAUUGAUUGUUGAGUGAUCAUGGAUGUUCUUGUCAUAAGCAACCCAGCUCUUCAUCUUCAGUUGUCCUGAUUUGUCAUGUUAGUAAAAUGAGAUUUGUCUUUUACUAUGCACCUGAUGCGUAACCGGGGCUGAUUAAGGCCUUGGUUAUGCAAGGAUGAAUGUUGCGCGGAAGCUUUAAUGAUUACUACAAACAAUACUACGAAAUGAUCAUGAAAAGAACACGAAACAACCACAAACAGAACCAAGAACUCCGUUCUUGAUUUUCUGAUGUUGAUCACCUGUGACCCUCCUCUAUGAUCGACACGAAAACGAUAUGUACAAAGCCUUCCAGACCUUGCACUCGAGGUUUCCUUAAAGUAUCAAGGCUGCUCCGCAACUCUUAACACUCCAAGGAUCAAAGGAUACUCCGUAGCCUUUGAUGAAGUUGCCUCCAACUUUAGAGAAGAAAACAGAAAAAACACUUUUUCUGAAAUGCCUCUAUGUAUUGAAUUAUCAAAAUGAACGUGAAUUCUUCCUUAUUACAUGGGUGAGGCCCUCCUUAUAUAGAGUCCUCAACUACUUUAACAACUAUAAAUGACACGAGCCUUAUUUAAAAUACACGUGCUAAUUACAAGACACUUAAAACAGAAACUGAAAACAAAAAACACUUGGAACAAAUUCUGAUCUGCAAAUCAGUCGAGCAGCCCUCCUUCAACUCAGCUUAUAGGACUCCACGUGGAUUGUUAGAAUGGUUUUAGGACCUUGAUAGCAAGUUCCUAGUGUAGAGAUUCCAUUUCUACCCUUGGUGGCACAAGAUACCAUGAAACAUGAUCUGGACAAAGCGUGCUAGGUCAGCUGGUCAGAACAAGCUUGCAACUGAGUUCUGUUCUGAUCUGUACUACCUGCUGAGUGGCUGACCUUCACGGCUAAUUUCAGUGGGUUUCCCAUGAUGAAUAAUGAUGUUCUUGGGCUAAGGCAUGAAGUUCCAUGUACCAAGA